AAAUAUAUAUAUGUAUAAACAAUUUAAACCCAAAUUUGAAGGAAAAAGAAUCCUUUCCUUUACCGGACAUUGUGUGCAAAGCAUAAGAGACUUUGCUUGCCCUUCCAGUCCCCUGUUUGCCAGCUGAUGGCAUUACAACCUCCAUAAACUUCCUCUGCAGGCUGGCCCUUCAAAUAAUGACCCGUCUUCAUCAAACUUCGCAUUCAAACCAAUAUCCAAGGAAUUCCAAAGGAUUCAUUCCAGUAUUCUGAAACAAUGGAUAACUUGGUUAAGCAAAUGAGAGUGAGUUUUUCUGGUGUUGGACAGGAUAGCCAAGACCUCACCAGCGCAAGGGAUAGAAGGAUACCACCACAAAAGACAAAUUCCUUCAAAGCAGAAAGAAGGAAGAGCUGGUUCCAGAAACAUUUUUCUCAAUCACACCAAGCCAUGCGGGAUUAUGAUUCAAGUGAUGGUGGUGAAUUUGCAGCCUCUGUUGCCGCCACUGCAUUUGCCAUCAAUUAUCUUGAAGAAGCAGAGUUAGAAAACCAGAAAAAAAUGAGAGAGAGACAGAAAACCACCUUGGUGGUCAAGGACAGGAGCAAAAAAGACAAUGAUGUAACUGGACCACAGGAAGCCACUAGAGCAUCCAAAAGAUCUUCAGAUGAUCCUUCUAUGAAGAAACCAGAGGGAGUGGAGCGAAGCAUGACGGAUAGUGCUGCCGUCAACACACAGACACCAGAAAAGGCCGCUAGCAGAGUCCCAACGAUAAAAAAGACAUCAACUCUAGCUGAUCAAAUCUCGAAUGAGACAAACAGCAAGAAACCAGAAAGUGCAGUAGAUACAAAACCAAGGCCAACCCCUCCACCCAGCAUAAAGCCUACACUAUCAACAGCUGGAGAUGAAAAGCAUAAAGGGGACUCAACAAGACGAUCGACCAAAGGAUCACGAGUAGAUGCCUGGGAGAAAGCUGAGACGGAAAAGAUUAAAAAACGGGAUGAGAAAACGAAGUCCACAAUUCUAUCGUGGGAAAAUGAAAAGAAGGCAAAAGCUAGACGCCAACUGGAAAGAAAACAGAGGGAGUUGGAGCAAAAAACACGAAGAGCAUUGCAUCAUUUCGAAAACAAAUUGGCAAGGAUCAAUCAGAUUGCCGAGGGAGCAAGAGCACAAGCAGAGGAGAACCGAAGAAAUGAUGAAUCCAAAGUGAAAGAUAAGGCAAACAAGUUCAGGUCAUCAGGAAAGGUUACUGGCAACUGUUGUGGCUUCUAAACAUCACCAAGGCUGUAGCUCCCUUGACUUCAGGGAAAACACAAUAAUCUGUAAAACUUAUUGGGAUGUGUACAUAAUUCUUUCACCAAUUGCGACUUAAAGAAAUGAUUGUAGCAUCAUUGAAAUGUAUUGUUUACAUCAUUACAAA